AGCUACCUUCCUGCGCCGCUUCCGAGAGGGCGCCCUAGUCUCUACCCGGCCGGCAACGGCAGUGUUGGCGUCAGGGCGCGGUGGGGGCAAGACGGGUGACGGGCAGCUGGGCGGUGCCGGGCCGAGAAAGGCGCCUCACCUGGCGCCUCUCGCCUUCCUUUUCACCUCAGGUUGCAGAGAGCCGCCAGGGCAGGUGGAAGGGCCACGCCCCGCUCCCGCGAGGGGCACCGAGAGAUGCUGGGGGAGGGGCAGGGACCCCAACCCUAGACCAGUCCUGUAGGACACAAUGUCUGAACAAGAGCGUAUACAGGAAUGUCUGCGGAAGGAAAUAAGAUCACUUCUCAUUUCCACCAAGGAUGGUUUGAGCCCACAGGAGUUGGAGAAGGAGUACCUUUUGAUGGUUGGCAACCAUCUACCACUCCGAAUCCUUGGGUAUCGGUCCACUAUGGAGCUGGUAUUGGACAUGCCUGAUGUUGUUAGUGUCUGCCACGGUGCAGGUGGUACUGUAAUACUGAAAGCCAUUCCAGAUGAAUCUACCAAAGGAAUAGCAAGUUUAGUUGCAAAACAGAGGAGCAGCCAUAAGGUUCGAAACUCCAUGCAUAAGGGAAGACCUAGUGUUUAUUCUGGACCAAGAUCUCAUCGGCGAGUACCUUACCGAGGAAGGGUUGCCCCUAUUCUUCCAGCUGUUGUGAAGAGUGAGUUGAAGGACCUGUUGGCGUUAUCUCCUGUUCUCCUUUCUGAUUUUGAAAAGGCAUUUGCCAAAAGAUUUGGACGAUCAUUCCAGUACAUGCAAUAUGGAUUUCUCUCUAUGUUUGAAGUGCUGAAUGCAGCUUCAGAUGUCAUUUCUGUAGAGCAGACCAGAGCAGGUUCUUUGUUGAUGCUAAAGAAGAAUGUAACAGAGGAAAAGCAGAGAGGAUGUCCAGCAGGUAAAAUUUUUACCCAGCCAUUUAGAAUGAAACAAGGGUCAUACUCCGCAGGCUUUCCGGUAGCAAAGGCAUGCUUUUCACAACCCACUUCAAACAUGGAACCACAGAAGCAAAUAAUGAGCAUGGAAAAGACUUCCAAGUUAAAUGUAGUGGAGACUUCAAGGCUGAAUCAUACUGAAAAAUUAAACCAGACCCAUGCAAAUGCCCAAGAAAAUGUGAAAAUAGGGGAAAACCCUCAGAAGCUUGAUAGGGAGCCAUGCACUUGCCAAAACUUGGAGGGGUUUCCGCUGAAUGCUGUGCCAAUGAUAUUGGAUGAAAAGAAGAGUAGUCAGUGCCAGAGGGAGAAUCCUGCAAUGCUGGAGAACACAUUCAAAUCAGUUAUUGCACAAAUUGGACCUGGAGGAACUAUCAGUUCAGAACUAAAACAUAAGAUAAAAUUUGUUGUAUCUAAGUUCCCAGAGGGUUUGUUUAUUUCUAAACUGCUUGGAGAGUAUGAGGUGAUUUUUAAAGAGCAACUAUCACCAAAAAAAUUAGGCUUCUUAAAUGUGACAGAACUUGUUGGAGCUCUUAGUGACAUUCUCCAUGUUGAGUUCAGGGAAGGACAGCAAGACUUACUAGUAUUUGAUGUGGAUAAGAAGCCUCUACCACCUGUUCAAUCAGAUAAGAAAAUAGAAGCCAAAGCUUGUGUCUCCAGUCCACCUAGAAAUUCAUUGUCUACUGUUGCUGUCAAAGAGACUGUAUGGAAUUGCCCUUCAAAAAAACAAAAAGAGCCACAACAGAAGAUUUGCAAGAAGCCUAAUGUGGUAGUAAAGCCUUUACAGCUGCAAGUAGAAACAAACAAAUCACAGCUCAACCUGGCAAUGGCAAAUCAUGACAUCCCACCAGAUGCUGUGCCGGACAAGAAAUUAUGCAGACUCCCACCAUUAGACACCAGUUCCCUCGUAGGGGUCUUUGUGGAGUAUAUCAUCUCUCCCAGUCAAUUCUACAUCCGUAUCUAUAGCAGGGAUUCGUCAGAGUUACUCGAAGACAUGAUGAUUGAAAUGCGGCGCUGUUAUUCUAAUCAGCUGGUUUCUGAUCGAUAUGUCAUGCCAGAAUGUUUUAUUCAGCCGGGACAUCUCUGUUGUGUGAGGAUUUCUGAGGAUAAGUGGUGGUAUCGGGUCAUUAUCCAUCGAGUCCUUGGGAAACAGGAAGUUGAAGUAUUCUACCCAGACUUUGGAAAUAUUGGAAUUGUUCAGAAGUCCUCCCUGAGGUUCCUCAAGUGCUGCUACACAAAGCUUCCAGCUCAGGCUAUCCCUUGUUCUUUGGCUUGGGUGAGACCAGUAGAGGAACACUGGACAUCGAAAGCUAUUUUGCAGUUCCAGAAGUUGUGCGGUUUGAAGCCAUUAGUAGGGGUAGUGGAUGAAUAUGUAGAUGGAAUCCUUAACAUUUUUUUGUGUGACACAUCCUCAAACGAAGAUAUCUAUUUCCAUCAUGUCUUGAGAACAGAGGGCCAUGCUAUUGUAUGCCGAGAAAAUAUCUCUUCUAAGGGUUUCAGUGAGCUCAACCCUUUAGCUUUAUACACGAAAUCCAGUGGAGGGCCAGAGGACAUUGUCUUGACAGAACUGGGUUAUCCUUCCCAGCAGCACUAUUUUAAUGAAGACCGAAAGAUAAGUCCACAGUCAAAAGAGAGUGAGUUACAUAUCCUGCAAGAUAUUAAUGAUGAAAAGUGUUUAAGUCAUCUUAAAUCUGAGUCAAAGGAGCCAUUAAAGGAUUCUGAAUUUGAUUCUUUGAAAACCUGUAAUAAGAGCUUUGAAGAAGAUCCAAAGUGGUCCAACCCAGAGCCAAAUGAUCUGAAGGAAGAAAAUGAGGAUGAGAUCCCCACGGGAAUGCCAUGCCUGGAGUCAGUGACCAUAGGUGAUGAUAUUUGGGAUGAGAACUGGUUACCUCUACAGGCUAAGAUGGGAAAAGGAGGUGAUGCUGUCUCCCAUCUAUUUACUGCAAGUGUUGAUGGAAAGAAUCAGUAUUCAUCACGUAAAGAAAUGCCACAGAAGGACUGGUGUUUUUCUAUCCCCAAAGAUACAUGGGAUGAUUCUUGGCAGCCUUCAGGCCUUGUAAAUGGAACGAAAGUAGUUCAUAAACCAGAAGUACUGAGUGCUCAGCAAAAAAAUACUGGUACAAACAGGACUCAAAAGCAACUAGACAUAAAUGGUUCUUCAGAUUCUUCCACACUGCCCAAAUUGGAAGAAUUCUAUACCUCUCUCACCCAGUCAGAGGACCAGAGCCAGUCCGAACCCAACAAUAGUCAGACUCAGCCAAAGCAAAUUCAGCUUUCCACAGCAGUAGUACCCCGUUCAACUCCUGCAGUGGAUGAUUCUGCAGAAAAGCCCUCUGGUUCUGUGGAAAGCUCACCAGAGAUCCUAAAGAAUGAAGAUUUUUCUAGCAGCCAUGCUGUUACAGUGUACAAAGACAAGAGCCAAGAAUCCAUGGACCAGCUGUCUUUGAUUUUGUCUUAUGAGUGCCAGAUUUCUCAGAAGCUCUACAUUCCUCGAAGUACAGCCACUGCUGCCUUAGGUGCUGCCGCACGGUUAGCUACAUCCAGGAGCCUCCUACACUGGUACCCCAGUGUGAAAAGGAUGGAAGCAUGAGGGAGGGAGGGGAGGAGGGAGAAAAACAGAAUCCAGCCGCUUAGGCCUUGAUGAACUCCCAGGCCAAAAUGAGGAGGUAUUGACACAAAAUUGUAUCUUGAUUGUUGUUGAUACUUUUGUCUUUCUGUGGCUAUAUGUUAGCUUUAUUAUGCUAACAGUCUACUUUGAUGUGUAAGUAUUGAUAUUUACUGUUGAUCUUGAUUUUUCUUGAUUUUGUUUUAUUCUGUGUUGUUUUGUUCACCUUUGUUUUUAAUGUAGUUUAAAGGAAUUUGUUUUUUGUGUGUGUUUGUUUUUCUUGUACAUUAUCAUGACUGAUAAAUGAAAAUUGAAAAACUAA